UGUGACGAGGGCAAGGAGCUGUACGCGGAAGUGCGUUCCCUUGUUGGAUGGGGGCAGAGGGGAUGGCGGCUGUAACGGUGGGCCCUGGGGUACCUCCCGCAGCCGCUGGGCCAGGAAUGGGGCCGGGACCGGCGGAGGGGACCGACGCCCUUUUCGUAGCCUUGAGCGCCGGCUUCACGACCUUGAGCCACCCUCUGCUCUAUGUGAAGCUGCUGGUGCAGGUUGGGCAUGAACCUCUUCCUCCAACUGUCGGGAGAAACUUGCUGGGAAGAAAAGUACUUUACCUACCUGGCUUUUUUACAUAUGCCAGACACAUUGUGGAAGUGGAUGGGAAAAGGGGCCUUUUCCGUGGCCUUGCUCCUCGAAUCCUCUCUAGCACUUUAUCCACCAUAAGCAGAGGGAGAGUAAAGAAGGCUUUUCCUUUGGAGGAUAUAGAACAUGUUUCUAACAAGGAUGAUGUGAAAACGUCCCUCCUGAAAGUGGCAAAAGAGACCUCCCAUGAGAUGAUGAUGCAGUGUGUAUCCCGGGUUAUCUCUCAUCCACUGCAUGUAAUUUCAAUGCGCUGUAUGGUCCAGUUCGUAGGACGGGAAGUGAAGUACAGGGGCGUGUUCAGCUCCAUCAGGACAAUUUGGAAGGAAGAAGGGCUGAUGGGAUUCUUUGUCGGUUUAGUUCCUCAUAUCCUAGGUGAUGUCAUCUUUCUAUGGUGUUGCAACCUUCUGGCUCACUUGAUCAACACCUACGCAGUGGAUGACAACUUCAGCCAAGCCUCUGUGAUACGAAGCUACACCAAGUUUGUGAUGGGGAUUGCUGUGAGCAUGCUGACGUACCCCUUUCUUCUUGUGGGAGAUCUCAUGGCAGUGAACAAUUGUGGGUUACUUGCUGGCCUCCCUCCACGCACCCCUGUGUUUUCCUCUUGGAUUCAGUGCUGGAGGCACCUCAGUGCUCAGGGGCAGCUCUUCAGAGGCUCCAGCCUACUUUUUCGUAGAGCAUCUGCACCAGCCGCAUAUCUUAUUGAUUAAUCUCAUCUGGGAGAAAGAGGUCAACCUAGACUCUUGUAGAAGAAACCUUAAAUGCUUGCUUUGACAUUUUCCUUUUAAUUUUGAAGUCAAAGGUGAAAGAGCAAGAGCAUCUUCUCCCCAGCAAAUUGGACUGGCUUCCUAACUGCGCCAUGUUGACUUAAAUUGCCAACUGAUCUUGCCAGUCAGGGUGGGGCAGGGGCAAUUUUCAGUGCCUGCCAAGCCUAAUGUCCAAAGGGACAGUCUUACUGGAGAACGGUUAUAGCUUCUGAAGGCUUGGCAUGCACAUAGCUCUCUGGAGUCAGGGACACAAUGAGAAGUUUGUUUACAUCAUUCUUUGCACUGCCUAAACCAGCCGAGACUUCAGUUGGUUGCAGUCUCUCCUCGGUGCCAUCAUUAGACAAGUAAAAUAGAAUAGCCAUUAUUGCAUUAGUCUGUGGACCAGAAAAACAUUAGACAAAUUGGAGAAGCUAAACUUAGCUCUGUCAGCUUUGGCCUCUGCCUCAUUGGCUAGCCUACAUGUUAAAAUCCCAAUUGGUGUUAGAAUAUUUUUCAUGCUUGGGAUUCAGGAGAGGCACAGAAAACAUAAGUGGCAGUAUUAUUCAUUUCCUAACACUGACAUGCAUAAAGCUGAAUCUUGGUUUAACAUAGCAUCUCUCAGAUUUUUCAUGGGGUUCUUCUCUUAAGUUGGCACAUAAGAGUAAUCAAUUUUAUCUGGGUUUUGAACAACCUGUGCACCUGAGCAUGGGAAGGGGGUGUUGAACACUAAGAGGGAAGAUACAUUUCCUAAGGGGACAUAACUACAAGCACCUUUAAAGCCCUAAAUGGCCUCGGUCCAGUAUACCUGAAGGGGCGUCUCCACCCCCAUUGUUCUGCCCUGACACUGAGGUCCAGCACCGAGGGCCUUCUGGCGGUUCCCUCGUUGCGAGAAGCCAAGUUGCAGGGAACUAGGCAGAGGGCCUUCUUGGUAGUGGCACCCACCCUGUGGAACACCCUCCCGUCUGAUGUCAAAGAGAAAAACAACUACCAGACUUUUAGAAGACAUCUGAAGGCUGCCCUGUUUAGGGAGGCUUUUAAUGUUUAAUAGAGUACUGUAUUUUAUUUUUCUGUUGGAAGCUGCCCAGUGUGGCUGGGGAAACCCACCCAGAUGGGCGGCGUAUAACUAUUAUUAUUAUUAUUAUUAUUAUUAUUAUUAUUAUUAUUAUUAUUAUUAAGACUGAGCUGAGUGUUGCUCACUAAUGAGAUGUUUAAGCCAGAAUUGGUAUAGCCAGUGCUGUUUUUUCUAGAAAAAGAGGUGCUGGAACUCACCAUGAAUGCCUCCCUUGUUCUCUUAGAAUGGCAACAGUGCCCACCUGAUUGGUGGGUAUAGCAUUUGGUGAAGAAACAGAUAGCACUAAUAGUGUCUGGGAUCCACAGGGGCCCAUGUGGAUACUAUAUGUAUACACUAGGGCUCUUCUGCCACUCAUGAAGCCAGGGGACCUUCUGGGGUAGGAUUCAGUGGCACACAAGGGGGUGCUGCUGGGGGAUGAAUCAUGGCCAAACUGAGGUAGCAUGUAAGCAAAUAAAGGAAAUGUUUUCUCUGUUGUGCUGACCUGUAUGUGAAUAAGCUUGUCAGACUUGCUGUUCUAGACCUAUUUCCCCACUGUGAGAUGACACUGGGCAAGAAAGGCUGCCGUGUUAAGGACUUGUAGCUUUGUUGUGUAGAACAGAACGGUUUUUGCACAUUGGUUGUCAUAGCUAUGGCUGCCUUCUGAUCAUGUGAAUUUGGGCCAUGAUUAGUUUUUCUAAUUUCUGCUUUAGACGUUCAUGUGAGUUGACUCUGGUUAACACAGUCUUUCAUUAGAUCAGUUUCACAGUCAAGGGGGUGUCGUGUGGCUACUUCACCACAAGCACGGCUGACACUUCAGUCCAGUUCAGCAGUUCAGCAGUUCAGACUGCUUCCCCAACUUUUGCAUCUUUGCAGUAGCAUGACAAAUGUUGGGAAAUUAUCUUCCUGACAAAGCAUCUACUUUACCAACAAUUUUGAGACUUCUCUGCUAAACUCAUAUUCUCACCACACUUUAGUUCUGUGAAUUGGUGCUGAGCUUGAGACAAUUAAUGUGGUUGUCAAUUAAUGUGGUUGUCCAGCUAGCUUUGGUUCUGCAACUUUUAAACUACUAGAUCUUGUAUGCCACAAUAGUAUAUAAGAAAGGUCAGUUUAUUUGUGAAUUGCACUAAAGUAGUGUUUCAUUUCGGCAAAGAUGUGGUUGUAGCAUGCUGGCUCAACUCAAGUUCAAUGAUUAGUGUUUGGAAACCCAGGAAACUAGGUGAUGAGGGAGUGAAAAUCGAGCAUUGGGAUUCCAAAGGCAACUAACUCCUUGUCCAGUAAAAGUGUUAGAGGCGUUCCUUCGUUUGUGAUCAGGGCUUAUUUGUACACACACACAAAAUGGCUUUAUUCCCUUCCAGUGCUGCUGUACAUAGGCUUUCCCCAUUCCAUUUGCUGUGUUGUUACCGUAGUUCUUUGUUGUAUGUGCAUGAGUGGUGUAUGUGUUACUAAAUAAUUCCAAAUGCAUCUGUGCUGGCUUCUGCAAUGCCUGGGAAUUCUUUCUGGGUCAGAAGGAAGGGCAUUAAUUUUGUAAUGUCAUACAGUGAAAUAUGAUAUGGAUGUCUUGUGAUUUUUUUCCCCACUCUAAAUCCUUGGGGAGCCCAGGAAGAGCCUGGUCUUGCUUCUUGCAUCCAAGGAACCGCAACAAUUCCUCAGAGGAGGAAUAGGGUCAUUUGUUUUCCAGAAAGGUGUCCCAAAUCUUUUACUUUCCAAACAUUGUCAUUUGAACAGAUACUUGUCUUGAUGCUUUGGAGAUCUUGUCCUGUAUAGCAUAUUUGUACAUGUAUUAUUAGUACAUGUGGGAGGCUCUUGUGGUAUCUAAAAUAUCUGCUACCUUAUCCCUUUGACCCCACCCUCACUUUAAUACUUUUACCUUUACCAUAAAACUGCAUGAUAUUGUUUUUAUAACUGUUAAUUGAAUUCACUUUGAAAUAAAACUGUGGAAAAUGACUUCCCUUGAGCUUCUUUAAUGUUAUGCAUGAACCCAAGGACUGUAAACCUCAGCCAUCUAGUCUGUUUGUCUUUAAAUCUAAAAUGUUCACACACAAAAAAAAAACACUCAUUGUGGUUAUGUGCUAUGUCCACCCUGCUCAAAUGAGACUAAUGGUCAGACCCAAUCAGAACAAUGAAACUAGAAUGAAAUGUUCACUCUGCACCACAGUGUUUCUGUGCAAAGGCAACAAAAUACAGUUGUACCUCAGUUCUCAAACAUCUCCAUUGACGAACGUUUCAGAACUCAAAACGCCGAAAACCCGGAAGUCAAUGCUUCUGUUUUCGAACGCACCUCAGAAGUCGAACAGCUUCCGCUGCUUGUUUUUCAAUUUUCUCAAUUGAAUUUGCAGACAGUCCUUUGCACCUCGGUUUUUGAAUGUUUCAGAAUUCGAACAGUCUUCCAGAAUGGAUUAUGUUUGAGAACCGAGAUACCACUGUACUCGUAUGUCUUUCAGUAAGUCAGUUUUCGCAUACCCACCUUCCUUAUUUAUGCCCUACUAAGACUAUUGGCCAUGUUGGCUGGACUUGAUGGGAAUAAUAGUCCAGCAACCUCUGGAGAUCACCUCUGAUUUAUAGGAACAUGGGUAUCGGGGUUGGGAAGGACUCCUUUCAGAGACCUUAAAAGAGUCGCUGCCAGCCAGAGUAGACAAUAUGGGACUAUAUGUUCCAUGGUCUGACUUGGUACAAGUCACCUUCAUAUCACCUGGCCUAGAGAUUUUUACACAUCUCUCCUAGAUCAGUGGUUCUCCAUCAACCACUUCAAAAUUGAUUAGGGUCUUGGUCAACCACUUAAUUACUUUUUUUGCCUGUUGUAGGAAUUUGAAUUGUAAUAUACAGUAUAUGAAAUAAAAGGCUCAAUAAAAAUACAAUAUUCAGUGUGAUGGAUGUGCCAACUCCCAUCUUCAGCUACAAAUCAGGUCACCCGAAUGAAGUCCACAGACCACAGUUUGCCAUCCCCUAUCCUAGACAAUAGCCUCAAUUGAAUAUCUUAGACUCCAGUUUGUCUUCCUUGCUGAAACAUCCUCUUUUCACUAGAUCCCAGGCUUUGGCAACUCAUAGUUCAGUUUGUUUAGAGAUCUGGUAAAGACUGUAUAUUAGAUUAGGUGGACAUUUGGCUUCUGGCAGUGGUUUUGCUGUACAACUGACUACUAAAUUAUUAUUAAUAAAAAGUAAGAUCUCAACAGCAGUGACAGGGUCAGGGUGACUUUUCAACCUUUAGUAAAGUUGCUAAUUUAUAUAUGUAGUUGUAUAUGAAGCAAACUUUGCUUUCCCCAGUUACAUGCAGAUUUUGUUAAUGAACUUUCCAAUAGCUUUGUGGUGAUUGUGCUUAGGGUACUUUGUUUGAGGAUCAUAUCUUCUGAGGCAUAAUAAGCUUCUAUGCUCCUCUUGUCACACUGCAGUGCACCAUCAAGAAUUUGGAAAAAUAGCCUGGGAAAGACCCUUUUCUCUCUGGGUCAGCACUACAUCGGUUCACUAGAAAUCCAGCUGUGCAUUGGUGGGCAGACAAGCACAAGCUUUUCUGGUUUGAGGGGGUUGGAAGUACUAAAACAAUACAUUGGCUCCGAUGAAAGAGGGCAAACAGAGCCGGCUGUAAAAAUUUGGUACCUCUAGCCAGUACGUAGCGUGCCAACCAUCUCCUAUUUUUAACUUGAAGUGGUUCGGUGCUGAGUGUUCAAAGGGAUUUCUUCUUAUGAAACUGCUCAGUACGUUCCCUUUUUAAAAUUCAUUCACUGGAGAGGAAGGGGAGUAUGGAUCAGCCCUUCCCAGUUAAAAAGUCUGCCUUGCAGGGGCUUGUGUAGGUGAAUGUUCCUGUUAUACAAAUUUCUCGUCUGUUCCCAUCCAUUUUCACGUCCUUCCACAGUCUACCCCCAGGGACAGCCCCCUCCUCUCCUCCCCUUUUGCAUCUGCUUCCUUCCCCUUUUAUAUCUGGUUCUGGCAGCUACUUCCGUCUGGUGCCUCUGAGUGCAUGGCAUAUUGUCCUGAACAGCCAAUGGCUUUCUCUCUCUCUCUCUCUCUCUCUCUCUCUCUCUCUCUCUCUCUCUCUCUCUCUCUGUGUGUGUGUGUGUGUGUGUGUGUGUGUGUGUGUGUGUGUCUUUCACCCCCAAGCAUGAUGCAGAUCUGCUGUUUUGCAGGAAGCUGCAGCUAAGAACAUUUGUGGCACGUGUGGGUGGCUUGCAGCUCUUUUGUUUACAACAAUCAGAGUCCAAGGAAAGGAGAUUCCUGGGUCAUCUCCAGCCCGUACGCUGACCUUUAAAGAAAGCUAUGGUUUUAAUUGGCAUAGAUAAAUAUAGUUGCAAAAAAAGGAUCAGUCUACAGGGGAAUGUUAGUUGCUUUUAAAAAGUCCCAUUUAUGGGCAUCCAUAUCCUCAGAGCCCCUCUUUAGAUGACCCAUUAGUGGAGCAUUCGUGUUGAUAAGCUUAUCAGCAAUGAAUUUUUCACCCAAUGAGCUUCUGUUGCCACAUGGUGGAAAGACUGCUGAAGAUCAGAGCCAUUGAGAUGUCUAUUUCAAGUGAGCAGCUUUCUUAAUUCUGAGAACCAUGCAAAAAGACAGAUCUUGGUGGAUUUGUCGUGAAACCUUAGUUCUCAGAUAAAAAGCUGAAACGUCUGAAGUUUGCCUAAAUUUCAAAUGUUGAUGCUCUUUAAUUUGGAUCUGAAAUGUUUACCCUAAAAAUCAAGUAUGUUACAAUGAGAAGGUGGCAGUAUGUAUGCUGCGGUUUGCUUUUGUUUUUUGGAAGGUAUGAACCACAAAACAGCUCUCCAGCUGUCUCCAUUGCCAGCUAAUGCCAAAUAUUGUCGGUUACCAGAUACCAUGGCAAGGCUGUUCUAAGUGCAAUGCAGGGAGUAAAAUGGAAGAUAGCCUCUGGUCACAGGCUCACGAUUAGAACCAGUUGGACUUGCCUUGCUUCACAGGCGUCGGGUGCAAGUAACUACAUGUGCAAUCUGUAGGAUCUGGCUGAUACCUUUGCUUUCGGAUUAUAGCUAUCACAGCUAUGGGUCUUUGUGACGCUAAAAGAGCUUAUGUUGUGUAGCUCCUGUUGUGAAGGUAUUCUAGAUCAUCUUGCCUUAAACUCUCUCGUCUACUUGAAAUCACUGUAGUAGUUAUCAAAUACCUUCAUACCUACUGGGAAACUCAUUUGAAUGCCAGCGUUUAUGUGGUCAACAUGCACAAGAGGAAAUAAUCCUACAAAACUUUUAGGAAGAAAAUGUAACGCCCCCCCCCCCAAAGCUGAAUGACCACAGAACACUGGCGGGGGGGGGGGGGGAACCAUGGAGGAGGGAAAAUAUUAUAAACCACCCUGGAAGACGGUGUGGCUGAUUGGCUGGUAGGACAUCCAUGCUGCAACCUUUUGUUGCAGGUCCCAGUUGCUAAUUACUGUUUGACACUGUCAAGCAGUGUCGCCGAAGAAUUGAUGCUUUUGAAUUGUGGUGCUGGAGGAGACUCUUGAGAGUCCCUUGGACUGCAAGAAGAUCAAACCUAUCCAUUCUUAAGGAAAUCAGCCCUGAGUGCUCCCUGGAAGGACAGAUCGUGAAGCUGAGGCUCCAAUACUUUGGCCACCUCAUGAGAAGAGAAGAAUCCUUGGAAAAGACCCUGAUGUUGGGAAAGAUUGAGGGCACUAGGAGAAGGGGACGUCAGAGGACAAGAUGGUUGGACAGUGUUCUCGAAGCUACGAACAUGAGUUUGACCAAACUGCGGGAGGCAGUGCAAGACAGGAGUGCCUGGCGUGCUCUGGUCCAUGGGGUCACGAGGAGUCGGACACGACUAAACGACUAAACAACAACAACAACUGUCAAGCGACUGAAAUCAAAUGCCAUUAGAGGUCAAGCCGUGCUUUCAAAUGUUUUGACGAACACUUGAAUAUGCAGAAAUUUCUGAUGUGUUAUUCAGGGCCGGCAUUCAACAGGAAUCUUUUUUGGAAGCAAACAGCUUUCAGCUGAAGCUUGGAUUCUUUUGCUCUGAAGCCCUCCUGUGAGCAGGGGCUGCCAAGCUGCUGCCGUCCAGAGGGGGGCUGGAACUGUUACUCUCACCAGCUGCGGCCAGCCCAUGCUGGCUGGGACUGAGGAGAGCCAUAGCCCGAACUGUGUGGAGGGCACCAAGUUGAGGAAAGCUGCUCUAAGCAAACAGCGGGGAAAGCGAGGCCUUUUUAGGGCCUCAGGCUCCGGCAAGGUGUGCUGGAGCUGCCGCCUCCUACCUGUGCUCCCAAGAUUAUGGAGGCUGCUCUACAUGCAGAACUAGUGUGUGGAGAUGACGCACUGCUAAACAGAGGAACCAUUCUUGAAGCUGUGGAGCACGCCCUUGGCCCAGAGCGAUAGGAAUGUUUGCUUUUCUCUGCUCCUGUUGUACUGUGCCAAAGCAGGCAGCACGUAGACAAGAAGACAGCAGAGCCCAGCUAGAGGGGGUGGGGUCAGGCCUUGCAUUCCCACUGAGCAGCUUGAAGGGCAUGGCUGGCUUUGGAAGGGGAGAGAGUUGUGCAGGGCAGACAGCUAGCUAAGCUACAGUCCUAGAGGGUCUCCUUUCCUUGGAGCAGGGAAUUGGAAGGCAAGGAAUUCGUAUUCCAGGUCAAUGUGAAUGUCAAGUAGGGAUGGGUUCAUCUGCCUAUUUUUUGAUUCUCUCGGUUUCUUCUUUUUCCAGCCUUAAAUUCAGAUGUCCAUAUUUAUGCUUCAGUGUUUUGUUUUGUUUUUAAAAAGAAACUUUUAAAAACAAGUUAUGAAAUUCAUCAACGUCUUAAUAGAUUUUACUGCAAAUUUCUCCUAGUUUCUUAUUCAGUUUUACUGAAUGUACACAUUUUUUGCACAACAGUUUUCCCUUUAAAAUGCAUUUCUGUGUGUCACUUUCACUAACAUGUGCACUUAAAUGCAGUUUGUCUCAAUAUAGGCAUUUUUUUGUGCACAUUGCUUGGAUGGAGAACUGCAUUGCAAAAUUCAGAGAAAUGCAAAUUUCGAAAAGAUGGCCGUGUUUUGGUUUGGGUAUUGCUCCAGGAAGUGCAGAUUAGGUAGGCUUGCCAUUCCAUGUGAAUUGAAUCAAAAUUCUUCCCAUCCCUAAUGUGAAAUUAUCAGUAAAUGGAAGUCUGGGCCAAAGGCAAACUUGUGCUGCUGUUGAUUUUUCUCCCAAAGGAAAAUUUACAUUUUUCUCUCUGCAAAAAUAUGUAUCGAUCCUUUAACAUAUUGACACAAAUAAUAACUAUCUGUCUGUCUGUCUAUCUAAAGGUAUACUUCAAAAUGCUUCCAAAGUUUAUCCAGGCAUUGCUAGAUUAGUGUGAUGAUAUUUGUCUUAAAUAUAUUGCCAUAAUAUGAACCAUACUGCUGGGGAUAUUUGAAGCUUUUCCCAGGUACUGUGUGAAGUGCCAAGAAAACCUAAGACAAUAUUUGAUCAGAGAUCAUGGUGGCCCACAGAAAAUGAAUGUGCGUACCAUGGGGCAAUAAGAGCUUUGAAUCUAUAUUAUCUGCAUUCAGCUCUGCUGGCUUCUUCUUUUUCUUUCCUGCCCAAGAUUGAUGUGGAAGGUUUGAAGUGCUAAUUUGGAGUCAUCAGCACCUCAUUCUCCCAGUACCCUUUCUCUUUGAGAACAGUAGCCCUACUGUCUGUCAGGAGAUGUUCCUAACUCAUGCUCUUAAAUUGUAUUUUAUUGUACAUCUGUUGUUUGGCUUGUAAAUGCCUCUAGGGACAUGUUUUCUUUCUUGAAAAGCUAUAUACAAAUUUAUUAAAAAGAUACAUUUCAAUGGAUGCUCCAUCUCUGUGUACCUCAUGAACUUGCUGCAAGCCAAGACUCAAGUUACAUAAAUGAACGAAUGUUCAGGCAAAAAACGAAUGACCAUCUUGGUUCCCCCACUGUUCAGUUCCAAUAUCAUAUGGUGUCUUGCAAUUCUGAGGGUUGUUAGAAUUUCAUCGUAAUGAAAUCUGCAGUAAGGAAUUGAAACAGGGUUCAUUUUUGCACUGGUAGUUUGAAUGCUUGAAAAAUUCGUUUUGUGCAAAUUCAGAUGAUGAACAGUCCCAAUCUAUACCUCCCACACUAAUGUGAGAACUGGAACCCAGAUGUCUUUGGAUUUUAUACUUUUCCAAAAUUUCUGAUGCGAUUCCUAGGCUCAAGAUGCAUUUUCAAACUGCAUAUUCAAGUGAAAUGUGCUUUGAAAUGUGUGGUUUGAUAGGAAAUGUGUUCGGAAAGGUGUGUUUCGUGAGACAAUAUGUUCAAAACGCAUAUUCUUUUAGAUACCUAUUUAAAUGCAUUUUUGAGAGAAUUAAAUAGAAUACUAUAAAUAGAUAGCUAGGUAGAAAUAUAAUAGACUGAUGUCGAAACAGGACAGAACAGUCUUCUGAAUAAACACACCAGAAAGAGGUAUAGGAUAGAUACAGACUGAUCCAUCCAUUCAUUGACCUAAUGAAAUAGAUGGGGCAAAUCUUAUAGAAGUACAUGAGAAAUGCUACUGUGUUUGUGUCUCCCCAGUAGGCAUUUGGUUGGCCUCUGUGGGAACAGAAUACUGGACUAGAGAAGCCUUUGGUUUGAUCCAGCAGGGCUACUCUUGUGUUCUAAAAGCAUACUAUUUCCUUUGUUAAUAAAGAUCGGUCUGUUUAUUUAUAUACUGCAUUCCUGCCAACAUACUCAAGUUGGCUUUACAGUUUAGAAUAAAUCUCAUUUUCAAUGUAUGUUUCAAUUAGAUUCUUUUUAGCCCCGGAUAUAUACUCCUACCUUCAGAGGCCUCCACUUGAGCCUAGACUUGCAGCCUGAAAUGGCAGCCGUUACUCGAGCACAAGAAGGGACAUCACGGGAAUAAAACGACUUCAGUCGGGACCCAAGGAGGUUGCUCUUAAGCUCAGCUGCUUUCCUUCCAGCAGCUGGAAAAAUCCAGUUCCAAACAGUUUGGACAGGAUUCAAGAGGCGAAAACUAGGGGGCGGAGGGGGAAGAGAGAGAAAGGAAAGCUCGGGGUGUUGUUGCGAGGUUAAAAGCACCUUGCUUGAGAAUGUCGUCUCCCAUUAUUCAUCGGAGGGUCCUUCCUGGUAGGAGGGAAUACGUCACUAUAAUACUGAGGUAAAAAGGAAGCAGCUGGAUUCCUCCCAGUUGGGUGCAGUGGAAAGGUGGCCAUGUUGGGCAAGGGGUCUACUGUGUGGUAGGAAAUAAUCUUUCUCCACAACUACAAAAGCACAAGAGUCUCUUCUGAGCGUGCUGUAGGAUCCCGCGGCAGUAUACAAAGGCCUUGCCAUCAUGGCGUCUCUUCGUCUCCUUCAGGCAGCGGCCCACAGAGUUCAUGUGGUGUGUGGGGAGAAAGAAAAGGGGGGAGGAAAAGAGGGAGACUAUAAAUGCUGGAUUCCUGCUUCUGAGUUCAUCUCUUUCCCUCUCCCCCCACCGCCCUCCCCAAUUCCAAAUUGCUGCUGCAAGCCUUUAGAGGGCCACUUAUGUUGAUCCAGAUGUAAGGCAAAGCCUCCCACUCAUCCUCUUGCUCUCCCUUGAUUAAAACAUUAUAAUUCUUUAAUCUCUCUGAAUUGAGUUUCUUCCUUAAAAGCUGCCUGUUCUCUUUGAUACACCAAAGCAGUUCUUGUCACGCUGCCAAAGGAGGCCGAGUAGAGUGUCACACAGCUCAAACUUUUACAAGCUGAGUGAGCAGGAAAACAAGCAAAGGCACACAGGCAAGCAGAGAGAAAGAGAGAUACAGAAAGAGAGAAAGAGGGCUGAUAUCUUCCAUUUUAUUUUUUAAAAAAUUGGGUUCCUCGCCGAAGAGAAAGAAGAGCGUGUGCUUUUUUUUUUUGCUUUUUUUUGAAGCUCAGCCAUAAAUAUAAUUAACUUUUCCAGCAAACGUGAUGGCCAACCUCUGAGAAACUUGGACGAGGAGCAAGGGGUGGGUGGGAAAUGACGUCACCACGAUCUGGGGGUGCCUUUCGCGCUGCCUGUCAGAGCCGAAAGAAAAGAACAGGGCAAUAAAACAACGGCUGCCUCUGUCUCCUUCGUUAAACACGGCACUAAUUGGAUGUUAAUUUCUCUUUGCUCUUCUCGCUGUUUGAUUGUAAGAACUCUCCUCCUCUUUCUCUCUCUCCCCCCCCCCCCGCAAGACUCUUGCCAGUCGCAGGGAGUCUAUACUGUACAUUCCCUCUCAAUUGUGGGCUCAAACAAUUCAGAAGCCCGGGCAGUAUUAAAAGAGGAGGGGGGAAGGGGGGAUUGGAUUUAGGAGUUUCACGAAGCUCAACAUUUUCCUUUCAUUGCCCUGUACAGAGUUCGGAGUUUUUUUUCCCCUCCCUUGCGUUCUGUCCAGUCUCCUUGGCAGCACGGGGGGGGGGGAAUUAACCCAACCACUGCCCAACUCCAUGUGUUGAAACAGGCAUUUAGGGGAGCCAGUGCAGGCAGGAAGCUGUUGCCGUCUUUGCUGCCCAGGUCACCCUUAAAGGGUGUUUGUGUUUCUUGGCUUGGAUGCUGGAGGGUGCUGAGUGCAUCUGAUCGAUCCAUAAUGUAGCCACGCGCGCACACACACAGACACACACACACAAACACACACACACACAGAGUGGUGCAGUGGAAAAAGAGGCUGCACUUCACCAGCUCCCUCUUCCUGAAGCCUCCAGACCAUCGCCGUUCUCCUCUGCCAUUGCUUCGCCAUCGAGUUUGCCAUUCGGGAUCAUCAACAAAACGAUGCUGUCCUUGAGGCUGAGGUAGUAGAUUGAAUAGUUGUGGAGCCAUAUUCUCCCUCUGAGCUAACUAUACAAUCUACUGUCUUUCCUAAGGAGACAGUCAGGUCAUCUCACCCUUUCAGAUCCACCCUCAUCUGCCGUGAAGAAUAUCGCUUUUGCCCCCUUUGGCACCGGGCCCAUGCUCCCACAGCUGCUGGAAAUUCUGGGACAUCCUCUGUCCUGCCCCGUGGAGGUGAGGUAGUAGGUUGUAUAGUUUGUGGGAGGGAUUACAUCCCAGUUCAGGUGAUAACUAUACAGUCUAUUGCCUUCCUUAAGGAGCAGCAAAUCUGCCUUAGGAACAGUUUGAUGCACUCAACUUCAGAAUGGUUUCUCCUUUCAUGACAGGGGGCCCUCAUUAUGUUCAGGAACUUGUUUCUUACAAAGCACACCAUGAGUUUUCCUUUUGAGGGUCCUUCACGUGCUGCUUUCCCUCCUUCCCUUUUCCACAGGAGUGAGUGGAGAACUUUCUUCUGCCCAAAGGUCACAUUUCCUUCCGAGGGCCACAAGCCUAUAGUGGAAUGAUGUUAAGACAAUUGAGGGUCAGUAUUUCCUGGAUGAUCAACUGCAAAUCACCAGUAGAUCUAACUGAACUAACUUUCCCUCAUUCCUGUCCUACCUGCAUGGAAGAUAGACAAUUCUGGCAGUUUCAAUUUCUCUUUUUUCUGGUCUCAAAUUCAGUUUCCACAUUAGCCAGCAGCCUAGCAGUUGUGCUUUGUACUAGCUGCAGUUUACCAGAUCAUUGGUAACUGUAGCAAAACUAUAACUCUCCAGGAGGGAUCACGACUGGCACCCCAAUCUUAGCUGAUGAAAACUGUUCCAUGCCUCUUGGGCCUCUGGCCAUAGAGCUUUUCCUCACAUCAAGCAGGACACAAGCCGAAGUAUAUUGUAUUUGCCUUACAUUUUAUGUUAUGUUUUAAAAUAGGUGAGUUGCGAAUUACGGAACUCUUAAAGAUUGUAUAUUGUUCUAUGCCUUCAUUUUUUGAUUCCCCGAUGAUGCCAAAGGAAUAACUAAUAGGAAACCAGGAACUACAGUGCUCAGAACCAGGACAGAGGCAUACAAAUAGAGCACAAGAAACUCUGGCCAACUCUUGUUACAUAUCACUGUGACUCCUGAUUGAAACCUCCUGCUUCAAGUUGCAGUUGAAACAGAGACCUAGGGAGAAGGAUUGUUUGGGUCUCCUAAUGUUUCUGAUCUACAGCUCCCAUCAUCCCUGAUGAUUGGCCAUGCAGGCUGGGGCUGAUGGGAGUUGGAGUCAAAUGAUACCAUGAAGACCACAUGUUCACCACAGGCUUAAUGCAUGGGCAGGAUUGUAUGGAAGCAAGCAGCCCUUGUGCAAGAACCAACAGCUUGAAGUUUUCCUGGAAACGCAUUCAUAGCUAGUGAAGGUCUUUGAACAUUGGAGAAAAACAGCCAAAUCUAUGGAUCCCCGUUAUUAAUUGUGCUGCCCUAUUUUGUACCAACUGAGGGUUUUUUAAUUUUUCCUUCCAAGACAGCACCACAAUGAAUGCACUGCAACAAUCCAGUUAAGUGUGGUAAAAUCAGGUUGGCUAACAGCAGUUGCUAUGGGUGCCUUUUGCUGAUACACAUCCAGAUCUUGCUGGUGCCACAGACAAGACACUGGACAGGAUGGUCUCUUGGUCGGACCCAGCCAGGCCAAUCCAGUUUGAAUACAGCCACCCAUAUGACAAUAAAUUUCUAGGACAAAUGCCAAGUGUAAUAUAAACCUUUGCAUUUUUGCAUCGCUUGGGGGAGAGGAGGAGGAGGAAGUGAGAGAUGUAGGAAUUCAGAAUGGAGCCUUUUUGAACUUCUCAUUGGUUUUGCUGCCGUUGGAGUGCGUGGCCGGCUUUGUGUGCUGUCUGUGGCUAGAUCAACACUCGCCUCAGACUUUCUGUAGAUACCCAGCACCUUAUGCCAACAGUUCAGCUCUUAUCAAAGUGACAUGGAGCUUGCAGAAGCUGUUUCGUGAGUCAUGAAAAUCCAUAAAGGGACUCUGAGCUUCAGAAGCGGUGACCUACGAACGUAGCACCCUCUCCUGCUAAAUGUAUGCAAAUGGGUAAUUCACUGGUGCCGGGCCGCAUGCAAGCACCUCACCAUUGGUAGUCACCAUAGCGAGGGGGGGGGCUGAAACCCCAGCUGCACGCAAUCCUGCCUCCCUGGAGCUUCACCCUUCCUAUCCGCAGAAUGUGUAAUUCAGAGACUUGUGAAGCCUCUGACAGAGAGAAGGGAGGGGUAGCUUGGAGCUGGUCCAUGAAUGCUAACAAAAGGGCUUGUGUUUGACAGCUUCAGCUGCUAUAGCAACAUGGCUGCAGAUAAAGAGUGUUAGCUGUCCCAUCCUGCAACUCUCGGGAGAGGCAAGUUUAGGCAAAACGGGAGUCAUCAAUGCCCACAGCCAGCAGGGCAAGCGAGGGUGGGGCUGCCAGCUCCCUCUCAUUUGCCUGCAAUCCGCAGUUGCAGGAGGGGUUUGCCGCUUCUGCAGCUCUUGUGCUUGAUCUAUAUAACCUCACUAGAUUUUUAAGUAGCUUUUAUCACCAUCAACCAUGAGCCCAGAGGAGACUUUUGAGCGCUUGUUGUGCCAUACAGAGGCAUUGUAGCAAUGUAAGUUUAAGGGUUUCGCCCCUUAACUUAAUGUUUUUAUUUAAAUAAAAAUGUCAAAAGUUCCUCUCUCUGCAUUUUGGCAGGUUAUUGAGUAAACUUUUGGGUUUUGGCAUCGCCAUUUGACAUCCAGUAGCAGGUAGUGCGGUGGAUACUUAAAACAAUCCAAUGAAGGGGGGGGAAAGGUUUUUAGGAAAAUUUGAAAUGUGCAGAGGGGGGGAGUUGAAAUACAUACUGGUAUUUGGAUUUCAAAAUCUGACAUCAGGAUCUAAGAUCUGCAUUUAUAAGUCAAGAUUUGGAGUUCGAAAAAUGAAUAUUUUGAAAUUCACCGGAUUUCACAUUUCCCCCCUCAAAAUUUCCCUGACUUCUCUAGGCCAAAGCCGAGGAACCUGUAGCCCUCCAGAAGCUUUAGGAUCAUCCAUGGUAACUGGUCAUGUUUUCUGGGGCUGAAGCAACAAUAUUAGGGGGCUUUAGGUUUCCCAUCCCUGCUCUAGGUCAUGGAGGAUUACUGCAAUUUGAGACAACCCUGUUUCUCAUAUUUUAAGACAUACCCAUAAAAUAAGCCAUAGCAGGAUUUUUAAGCAUUCAAGGAAUAUAAGCCAUACCCCGAAAAUAAGACAUAGUGAUAGGCACAGCAGCAAUACCGGCCAUGGAAGGAGGAGGAGGAAAAAUAUAAGACAUCCCCUGAAAAUAAGCCAUAGUGUGUU